AUGGAGGCGCAGCAGAGAAGAGGAGGAGGUGGAAUGAUACCGUUGUCGCCGUCGCAGACGCCGCGCUCCAGCGAUAAGCCGGUGCGAGAUCUGCGAUCUGCGGAUUCGAAUUCCAACAAUCACAGCAAGUAUGAUAAGGACAAAGGCGUCAAUGUGCAGGUCCUCGUGAGGUGUAGGCCGUUGAGUGAAGAUGAAAUGAGGCUGCACACGCCGGUUGUGAUAUCGUGUAACGAAGGUAGAAGAGAGGUUUCGGCUGUUCAGAACAUCGCCAACAAACAGAUCGAUAGAACCUUCGCGUUUGACAAGGUGUUUGGUCCUAACUCUCAACAGAAAGAACUGUAUGAGCAGGCAGUGUCUCCUAUAGUCUAUGAAGUGCUUGAGGGCUAUAACUGCACUAUUUUUGCGUAUGGACAGACAGGGACAGGGAAGACUUACACAAUGGAAGGCGGUGCAAGAAAGAAGAAUGGCGAAUUUCCGAGUGAUGCUGGUGUCAUCCCAAGAGCUGUGAAACAGAUUUUUGAUAUAUUGGAAGCUCAGAAUGCUGAGUAUAACAUGAAAGUAACGUUUCUAGAGCUUUACAAUGAGGAAAUAACUGAUCUUUUGGCCCCUGAGGAGACCACAAAAAUUAUAGAUGACAAGUCUAGGAAACCAAUUGCCCUAAUGGAGGAUGGGAAGGGGGGUGUUUUUGUCAGGGGUUUGGAAGAAGAGAUUGUUUGCACUGCCAAUGAAAUUUACAAAAUAUUGGAAAGAGGUUCUGCAAAGAGACGUACAGCUGAGACUCUUCUAAAUAAACAAAGCAGUCGUUCUCACUCCAUAUUUUCUAUCACAAUUCACAUUAAGGAAUGCACUCCAGAAGGUGAGGAAAUGAUUAAAUGUGGGAAGCUAAAUCUUGUGGACCUCGCAGGCUCUGAGAAUAUUUCGCGAUCUGGUGCAAGAGAGAGUAGAGCAAGGGAGGCUGGGGAGAUUAAUAAAAGCUUGCUUACACUUGGUAGAGUGAUUAAUGCUCUAGUUGAGCACUCAGGUCAUGUUCCAUAUAGGGAUAGCAAAUUAACAAGAUUGUUAAGGGAUUCCUUGGGUGGUAAAACCAAAACGUGCAUUAUUGCAACAAUAUCCCCUUCCAUUCACUGUCUGGAAGAAACCCUUAGUACCUUGGAUUAUGCACACCGUGCCAAAAAUAUUAAGAACAAACCAGAGAUUAAUCAGAAAAUGAUGAAAUCUGCAAUGAUUAAGGAUUUGUAUUCUGAAAUUGACAGACUAAAACAAGAGGUGUAUGCAGCAAGAGAGAAGAAUGGAAUCUAUAUACCACGUGAUCGCUACCUUCAUGAAGAAGCAGAGAAGAAGGCCAUGACUGAGAAAAUAGAACGCAUGGAACUAGAAGCAGAGUCUAAGGAUAAGCAAUUGAUGGAGCUUCAAGAACUCUAUAAUUCUCAGCAACUUUUGACUGCCGAAUUAAGUAAUAAACUUGAAAAAACGGAGAAAAGUCUAGAAGAAACUGAGCAGUUAUUGUUUGAUCUUGAGGAGAGGCACAAACAAGCAAACGCAACAAUUAAGGAAAAGGAAUUUUUGAUAUCAAAUCUCCUAAAAUCUGAGAAAGAACUUGUGGAGCAUGCAAUUGAAUUACGAGCAGAGCUUGAGAAUGCUGCUUCAGAUGUGGCAAACUUGUUUUCCAAAAUUGAGCGGAAGGAUAAAAUUGAAGAAGGAAAUAGAAUACUUAUCCAGAAAUUCCAAUCUCAGUUAGCUCAACAACUUGAAGUUUUGCACAAGACAGUUUCGGCUUCAGUAAUGCAUCAAGAGCAGCAACUCAAGGACAUGGAGGAAGAUAUGCAGUCUUUUGUAUCAACGAAAGCAGAGGCUACUGAAGAUCUUAGGGAACGAGUAGGAAAGUUGAAAAACAUGUAUGGUUCUGGUAUCAAAGCUCUGGAUGAUUUAGCUGAGGAGCUUAAAGUAAAUAACCAGUUAACUUAUGAUGACUUGAAAUCUGAAGUAGCCAAGCAUUCAUCUGCCUUGGAGGAUCUUUUUAAAGGAAUUGCCUUAGAAGCUGAUUCGUUACUAAAUGAUCUUCAAAGUAGUCUCAACAAGCAAGAGGCCAAUUUAACAGCUUAUGCUCAUCAACAACAAGAGGCACAUGCUAGAGCAGUACAGACUACACGUGCAGUAUCUAAAAUAACAGUGAACUUUUUUGAGACAAUCGACAGGCAUGCAUCUAGUCUGACCCAAAUUGUGGAAGAAGCACAAUUGGUCAAUGAUCAGAAAUUGUUUGAACUGGAGAAGAAGUUUGAGGAGUGUACUGCCUAUGAAGAAAAGCAACUACUGGAGAAAGUGGCAGAAAUGCUAGCAAGUUCAAAUGCUAGAAAGAAACAAUUGGUUCAAAUGGCAGUCAAUGAUCUUCGAGAGAGUGCAAACUGUAGAACCAGUAAACUGCGGCAAGAAGCAUUAACCAUGCAGGAUUCAAGUUCUUCUGUCAAGUCAGAAUGGAGAGUUCACAUGGAAAAAACAGAAUCCAACUAUCAUGAGGAUACCUCUGCUGUAGAAUCUGGGAAGAAAGACCUUGUGGAGGUUCUUCAAAUCUGCCUCAACAAGGCAAAAGUAGGUUCACAACAAUGGAGAAAAGCUCAAGAGUCUUUGCUUAGUUUGGAGAAGAGAAAUGCUGCCUCUGUGGAUACUAUUGUUAGGGGAGGAAUUGAAGCUAAUCAAGCACUGCGAGCCCGGUUCUCAAGUGCGGUUUCAAGUACACUCGAUGAUGCUGGAAUAGCAAAUAAGGAUAUUAACUUAGCCAUUGAUCAUUCGUUACAACUUGAUCAUGAAGCUUGUGGGAAUCUGAACUCUAUGAUUAUUCCAUGCUGUGGUGAUUUGAGAGAACUGAAGGGUGGUCACUACCACAAAAUUGUAGAGAUAACUGAACAUGCAGGAAAAUGUCUUCUCAACGAAUACGUGGUCGACGAGCCAUCUUGUUCGACACCAAGAAAGAGACUCUUCAAUUUACCUAGCGUUUCAUCCAUAGAAGAAUUAAGAACCCCUUCGUUUGAGGAAUUGUUGAAGUCAUUCUGGGAUGCAAGAUCUCCAAAACAAGCAAAUGGAGAUGUUAAACAUAUCGGGGCAUAUGAAGCCGCCCAAUCAGUGAGAGAUUCCAGAGUUCCUCUUACUGCUAUUAACUAG